AUGGUUUGCCUGCAGGAAUCUGAGGAAAAUUUUGGUAUAUGUUACAACUUUACGCUGGGUACCAUAAAAAGUGACCGCUAUCUGUCCGUUAAUAGCCAUGAAGUGCGAAGAAAGAUGCAGGCGAUUAUAGAAAACAUGGAAAUUACAAAUUUCACCAGCGAAGCUGGCCAUUUGCGUCGAUGCUAUGAAGAGUUUAUCAGUGAUCCGGCUUGCCUCGAUCACUACGUGCAUGACAUCCACUGGUCAGUAUUGUUGUUUCUUUUAACUGUAGCAUACAAUCCGGUCGGAGCACUAAAGGAGCGGCUAAGAACCGGUGAAACUAUUCAGCUUUUCGAGCCAGAACCAACGGAAGUGUGCUGGCAGGAUAAGGAGCGUGAAGAACUGAUUGCGGAGCUAUUGGAAGAUAACCUCCCGCUCGAUCCUUGGAACGAUGGAGACGGCUCAGAACUAAGCGAUUGGAGCGAUGUAGAGGAAAGCGCAUCGGCAAACUACAACAGCAUCGAGCAAAAGGAGGUGGAAAUAGAAUCGAUUGAAGUUGGCAACAAACUGACCAGCGACAACGUUAAACUAAAUGAAAUGGUGUUGUUUAACAAAAUUGAACCACCCAGACAGGAGGAAACGUACGAAACGUUUAACGAUGAGUUUGCCCUUGGUUGGCUGCAGCAAAAUGUUCAAGCGCCCUGGUGGAAUGAUCCGUACUACAAGGUGGAAGUGAACAGCGAGCAUCGAGGGGCAUCGUUUUGUGAUUUCUGGAACGAACGCAUCGUAAAGGUUUCGCACGGAUUUCUUAAAAGCGAACCCGUCUCGACCGUGUCGGAGCAUUGCAUGCUCAGGGAAAUACUGUGGAUGUUCACCAAUCCCGUCGACUGCAAGCUGUUCCGCAUCGAUGACGAUCAAAUUUGGAUCAAUACGAAUGUCUCGCUAUCCAGCACAACCGAACACGGCCUACAGACGUUCCUGCUGAACUUUACCGAGUACAUGACCAUUGCGUACCGGUUGCGCAAUUUCUGUAGCAGCAUUUUGGAGCACAAUGUGCACAGCCAUCCGGCACCACACUCCUUUGAGUGUUAUGCGGCCGGUGUCAAGAGCUUUCUGAGCAACAUAGAAGCGGUAAUGGUAAAUUAUGAGCGGGAGCUUAUCCAACAAGAACCAGGCAAAACGUACACGAUCGUUAAGCUUUUCCACGAGCUAGAACCGGAACUGUUUGUGCUGAAGAAGUUGUACGAUAUUCACAAAUUUUCGGUACUUGAUUGGACCAAGUUUCCGGCGCACAUUGCCGUGGCUCAUUUGCUGUCUGGACUUUUUCGAAGCGUCAAUCUUAGUGCCAACCUGGAAAAGGGAAACCUUGCCUUUGCCUUGCUGCUCGCGGCGCUCAAGUGUUAUAUGCACAUGAUUGAUACCUGGUGGACGGAAGGUAGGCUCGACGAUUGGCGAGAGGAAUUUCUGGUGGAAACAACGUACGCAGACGCAGAUUCGCUCACCGGUUUGCAGCAGACGGGGUAUCAGGCGCGGUUGUUUUCCAAAUGCAAGAUUCGUUCGUUUUACGUUAGUUCGGCUAUUUCGGAAGUUAUUGAGAAUGAUCCGAUCAUUAAACUGCUGCUCCAUCACUCACUGGAGGCCGGUUACACGCUGAAUAUACUAAAUGGGCUGGACAGAAUAAGCGAUAUGCGAAAGGAGCAAGGAAUGGACGAAAAUUUGAUUUAUGCCAACUUUCUGGAAACGAUCGUACAAGAGCUGGAACGAUUCCGGACAGAAAAGAGCUGCGAAAUGGAACAGCAACCCGCCGUUCAGGAAAAGAAAAGUGAAAACGCUAUGCUGCAAAAUCUUCGCAAACAGAUGCGUGAAGUUUGUGAUGAUGAUCUGUUGCUGUUAGCGUUCAACAGUACACUUCAGCUGGUUGACGAGAGUUGUCGAGAGACUGGAAUAGCGAAGCCUUCGUCUCUUGGCGAACAAUCGACUCGAACGCUUUCAAACGCAUACACUCUUUAUAAGAUUCUCAACUCAAUUUCUACUCUCCAGCUGCCGCUCGAGCAUGUGUUGUUUAAUGCUAUAAAAAAUCUCAUGGAAACUAAGCGACAGGCGGCCAACCAUUAUGUGACGUACAUCUACAAGGACGAGUUUCACGUGAUGGAUCAUCUGAAAAACAUUCGCAAGGUCCUGCUGCUCGAGGCGAGCGAUCUGAUGGAUUAUUUCUACAGUGAUCUGUUCCGAAGGAUCGAAGCAGGUGAAAGUUGGGCCAAUCCUUAUCUGCUCACUAUUCAACUGAACGACAUAUUGGCAUCGCGGUUUAAUGAUAUGACGUCGCUGUUUACCGUCGAGGUUAAUCGGGCGGCUGGAUACAAACUCGACACGACUAUUGUACUGGUGGCGAUCGAUGAAAUACGUGUUCUGUACAAUCCGAGCCAAGAUUUAAGCAACAUGAUUAAUGACGAAACCAUGGCCAGUUAUAAUAGCGUGUUUCGAUUCCUGCUGAAAGUGAAAUGGGCUCUUGGGACGUUGGAACUGUUGCGCUUCCCAGAAUCACAGAAAAAGCGCCCACCGUACGCAAGCUUCGGUAUGCUUGAUCUGAUACUGAAGCGAUUGACGAUGCUUAAGUUCUGGAUGAUAUUUUCCGUACAAUGCAUCCAUUCGCAUUUGAUGACGCACGUACUGCAAUCGUUUGGCGAACAGCUGGACGAAAAGCUUGACCUGGCGGACAAUCUGAGCGAGAUGAUAACCGUGCAUCAGUCCUACAUUGCGACCAUAUUCGAUCAUUGCUUCCAGCAGGAUGAUAGUAAACCAGUAUUGGAAGGUAUAAUACGCUUGUUGAACUUGGUGCACAUUUUACGCGAUGAGUGGAACAACACGAUACUGUACACCGAAAUGGAUGCACGGGGAGACAUUCCGGACAAUAGCACGAUGGCAGAAUUCAUCGCAAAUUCGCAGGUGGAUGAAUUGGAACGAACGUAUUGCAAAUGUCAUCAACAGCUGGCAAAAUUGCUUAGCCGGGAAGCGUACGGAAAGCACAAGCUCCAUCUAACCGGCUUGGCUGAUGCGUUUAGUUACAACGUGCCCUACUAAAGGACCGAAGGUUGAAAUAGACUAAUACUGCAAACUACGCUUCGUGCCAAUAUCGUCCAAUAUUUGCUGCAGUUCGUCGUCCUCAAAGCG